ACGUCACGGACGGGGUGCUGCUGGCUGAGAUCAUACAGGUCGUAGCCAAUGAGAAGAUUGAUGAUAUCAAUGGCUGUCCCAAGAGCCGUUCUCAGAUGAUUGAGAACAUUGAUGCCUGCCUCAGUUUCCUGGCAGCCAAAGGAGUCAACAUCCAGGGUCUGUCUGCAGAAGAGAUUCGGAAUGGCAAUCUGAAAGCCAUCCUCGGCCUCUUCUUCAGCUUGUCCCGCUACAAACAGCAGCAGCAGCAGGCCCAGCGGCAAAACUCCCAGCCCACUCUCCCACCCACGGCCCAGUCCCAGAGCACACACCCUCCACUGAGUCAGCAGAUCAGCGCCCCGGCCCAGCUCAGCCACUCUCUGCAUGGGACUCCUGCCAUCACAGCCCAGAAAGCAGCACAGGCCGAGAUGCAGUCCAGGGAUGGGUGUCAGAGUAAACUACUCAAGUUUUCCCUUGGUCAGAAAAAGACCUCUAGACUUCCUGGCCCCACAUCAAGGGUGUCCACUGCUGGCAGUGACAUCCCCCCAAGAGGCUCGGUCAGUGCUGCUGGGAACAGACGCAGCCAGGGCUUCAGUGACAAGACCAAAGUCAACUCACACCUGAACAAAGAUUCCUCAGAGGGCAUGACCUCACAACCUCUGGUGAUGACUGAGCAUGCUCCAUCAUCUGCAGUGACUGUCAGUUCAUCCACCAGCAUCCCUGCUGCUACCUCUACCGUGAUUCCUCCCUCCUCUUCCACAGCUAUUCCCCAGCCCAACAGCAAACCCUGGAGGGGCAAGGCAACAAGCUCCAAGCACACCUCUUCUAAUUCUUCCUCCUCCAUAAGCACCCCAUCAUCUGCCAUGCAGUCUGUCAAAGAUAAGGACACUUCCUCUAAGACUACUCCAGCAACUGAACCUCCCCCUAAGGUUGUAACUCAAAAGUCAAUGCUGGAGAAGCUGAAGCUCUUCAACAGUAAAGGAGGCUCCAAGUCAUCCUCCAUCUCUUCCUCCAAUGGAGUAGGUCCCCAGAUUGAUAAUGCUGUACCAGCCAGACAGCUCGGAGCUGGGCAGGUGGAGAGAGCCGAGGCUGGCUCCAACACCGACCCCCUAGAGGAGGAGGAUGGCAAUGUUCGGCCGGGACUUAACGGAACCAGCAAUGGGAAUGCUUAUGGAGCAGCUUCCUCAUCGGGAACUACAGUUUCCACCACCGCCAGCAGCCCCAAAAUAGCUCUGAGGGGCAUUGCCCAGCGCACUUUUAGCAGAGCUUUGACUGCCAAGAAAGGUUCAGUCAAAGGACCCGAAAAAGACAAGGACAAGGAGAAGGGGAAGGAGAAAGAGAAGGAGAAAGGGAAGGAGGUAGGGAAGCGCACCUCAGUCCCCGACAGGACAGAGCUGAGGGGAGAGGAGCCCAAGGAGGAAGUUGUACCUGUUGCUCUAGAUGCUGACUCAAACAAAAGAACCUCUAAAAUUGCCAGUUUCAUUCCCAAGGGAGGCAAAGUGGCCAAAAAAGAGAGUUCUACCCCUGCACAUAGCGGAAUACCAAAGCCAGGAGGCAAACCCCCAGGAGUUGGAGGUAAAGCUUCAUCAGUGAAGGAAGCAGGGGAGCGGCCUCGGAGCAUGCGGUUAGGAGGGGGUCUCGCCAUGCACCGUGGCCCCCUGGACAGAGACAGGGACAGCAGACACUCCAGCUCUACCUCCAGCCUGGCCUCCACAGAAGGAAAGACCAGCACCGCCCCUGUGGCAGGAGGGGGCACUACACAGAGCACAGCCAGCAACACAGUCAGUGUGCAGCUACCUCAGACACAACAGCACCAUAGCCACCCCAACACAGCCACCGUUGCACCUUUCAUGUACAGAUCCCAAACGGACAGCGAGGGAACAGUGAACACUGAGACCGAUUCAGGAGGCAGAGGUGGAGACAUUUCCUUCACCAAGACCAGCCAGACCUCCAUCGAGGACCUUUCAGGUGAAGACCCAGAGACGAGGCGAUUGCGUACUGUCAAAAACAUAGCUGACCUGCGGCAAAACCUGGAGGAGACCAUGUCCAGCCUGCGAGGAACUCAGGUCACACACAGCACCUUGGAAACCACCUUUGACAGCAGCAUCACCACAGACAUUGGCAGCGGCGGUGGCACGUGCAGUGGCAGCAACAAUAGCGGAGGCGGUCGAGGCAUCCUCAGCCUUACAUCUGCCCGCUCCUCGCUAUCAUCAUGGCGAUUGGGUCAGUCCAGUCCUCGUCUUCAGGCGGGUGACGCCCCCUCCAUGGGGAAUGGUUAUGGUGGCCGCGUGGUUGGCGGCCAGGGAGGACGCUACCUGUACCCUGGGAACCUCCGGCGGCAGCUGGCUGGCAGGGGAGGAGCCCUGUGCAGCGUGGACCUGGGAGACAGAGCUGGGGAAGACAUGGACCUUGAUGGAAUCCCAGUGGAAGUCACGGGAUACAUGAGCGAUGGAGACGUGCUGAGCAAGAACGCUGUGCGCGCUGAUGAUGUCACUAGUGGCUACAUGACUGAUGGAGGUUUGGGUCUUUACACUCGGCGCCUUAACCGCCUUCCCGACAGCAUGGCUGCUGUUCGAGAGACGCUCCAUCGAAAUGCGUCAUCCGGACAGGGAGAUGCUGACAGCUGGGAUGACAGCAGCUCUGUGAGCAGUGGCAUCAGUGACAACAUCGACACAGAUGACAUCAACACCAGCUCCUCCAUCUCUUCAUACGCCAACACACCCGCAGCACAGCGCAAGGGCCUCAGCACACAGCCUGUAACGGAUGCAGAGAAGCACUCAGCCUCCUCACCAGCACACCAGACUUGGUCAGGAGACGAGGUGAAGAGGCCAGACGGCGGGUCAGACAGCGGGGUCAGGAUGGACUCAGGCUCCAAGUGGAGCCGUCGGAACCCCUCCGACAUUUCUGAUGAGUCAGACAAAGGCGGCUCAGGAAGAAAGACCCCCUCCGUGUCCCACACUGGCUCCUGGAGGAGAGGCAUGAGCACUCAGGUGGGGGUGACAUCACCCCGGACUAAAAGCACCAGUAGCACAGGCUCCACAGGUUCAGUGAGCCACAAGACCCACAGUUCAGGUAAGACCGAUGAUGUUAAGGUAUCAGAAAAAGGACGUCGCUCUCCUCGUUCUAACGGCCUUCACCGCUCACCCUCGGACGCUGGGCGCAGUAGUGGCGAUGAGGCAAAAAAACAGACGAUUCCCACAAACCGCACACCAGCAGCAAACACACUAACGAACACUGCCUCAGACCUCCACACCCAAACUCACGCGCUGGCCUCACGAACCCCAACCAGCACCUUCGGCUUCAAGAAGCAAGGCCCUGGGAUGGUAACGAUGGUUACCGCCAGCGGUGCCACCAUCACCAGUGGCUCAGCCACACUGGGGAAGAUGCCUAAAUCUGGGGCACGCUCACUGUCAGGUGGGCUGAAAGCUGGAGGGCAGGAUGGAGGCACAGUGUUAGGACACCACGAUGAUGGUUUCCUCCCUAUGAGCGCUCGCUCCACGCUACAGUACCGCAGCCUGCCAAGACCCCGCCGCUCCGGAGCGGCUGCCCGCAAUGGGAACCGCUCCUCCACCAGCAGCAUCGAAGCCGCCGUGCUUUCCGUCACCUCCCACGGAAAAAACUCAAUCAGCAUGGCCAAGGCCAAUGGCUCAACAGGCCUGCUGGCCAAUCAGACAGAUCGGGAGAAAGGUGUCUCUGAGAUCGACAACCUCAGGAGUGGAGUCGCAAUGCAGAGUGGAGGAGCAGCAACUGUUCCUCUAACAGGAAGACAGCAGGUUUCUUCACCUACACUACGCAGGUUAUUUGGUGGGAAACCCAGUAAACAGGCGCCGGUGACCACAGCUGAAAACAUGAAGAGUCUCACCUUGACAGCAGAGCAGAAGGACUCCGAGCUGAAUGAGUUGAGGAAAACCAUCGAGCUGCUGAAGAAGCAGAACGCCGUUGCUCAGGCUGCCAUCAACGGAGUCAUUAACACACCUGAACUUGCACCUAAAGGGGAUCGGACAGCCGGCAGCAAUGGCAGUCCACACCAGCAGCAGCAGCAGCAUCAGCAGCCAGAUCUGCGCAUCAAGAGGCAGCACUCCUCCGACAGCGUCAGCAGUGUCGCCAGUGCGACCAGCCACUCGAGUGUGGGCUCUAACAUGGACGCUGAUGCAAAAAACAAGAAGAAGAACAAAAAGAACUGGUUGCGAAGUUCCUUCAAACAAGCAUUCAGCAAAAAGAAAUCUCCCAAGUCGGCCUCUUCUCACUCUGACAUCGAGGAGAUGACUGACUCUUCACUACCUUCCUCUCCCAAACUGCCUCACAAUGGCACCUCAGCCACAGGCCACGUGCUCAGGAACACACACUCCAACACGCUAUUGUCAGAGUGUUUGGACAGUGAGGCCGAGACGGUGAUGCAGCUGCGGAGUGAGCUCAGGGAGAAGGAGAUGAAACUGACUGAUAUUCGCCUGGAGGCUCUCAGUUCUGCACAUCAGCUGGACCAGCUCCGCGAAGCCAUGAACCGCAUGCAGUUGGAGAUUGAGAAGCUCAAGGCGGAGAAUGACCGUCUAAAGCUGGAGAGCCAGGGCAGCAGGACGGGCUCUCAGGCUUCUAUCUCGUCCUCUCCUCCCCCUCACACACACAGUCACACCCCGGGGCCCGGGCCAGGGCUCUCCCAACACAGCCUCAACCUGACGACCAGCGAGUCCACAAGCCUGGACAUGCUGCUGGACGACACCGGCGGAGAGGGAGGGAGGAAGGAGGGGCGACACGUGAAGAUUGUCGUCAGUCUGGAUGAAGACGACAAGUGGGGAAAGGAGGCUCGAGCGCGGCCUUUUCUGAUCGGCUGCAUCGGCGUUAGUGGUAAAACUAAGUGGGAUGUUCUGGACGGAGUCGUCCGACGCCUUUUCAAGGAGUACAUCACCCAUGUGGACCCAAUGAGCCAGCUAGGCUUGAGCUCAGACAGCGUGCAGGGAUACAACAUUGGAGAAAUCCAUCGGCCGAGCAGCCCCAGUGCCGCCAACACACCUGAGCUGUUGCCCUGUGGCUACCUGGUGGGAGACAACACUAUCAACAUCCAGCUCAAAGGUGCAAGCAGUGAAAAUGUGGACUCGCUGGUGUUUGACACACUCAUCCCAAAGCCAAUGCUGCAGCGUUACGUGUCCCUGCUAAAGGAGCACAGACGCGUCAUCCUGUCAGGCCCCAGCGGCACAGGAAAGACGUACCUGGCCAAUCAGCUAUCGCGUCACCUGCUGCUGCUGGAGGGCCGACCGCUGACUCCCAACGCUGUCGUCACUUUCAACGUGGACCACAAGUCCAGCAAAGAGCUGCGUCAGUACUUGUCAGGUUUGGCUGAGCAGUGCAGCAGUGUUUCAGGGGCAGAGAGCCCUCUGGUGGUCAUCCUGGACAACCUCCACCAUGUCAGCUCCCUGGGAGAAAUCUUCAAUGGCCUUUUCAACUGCAACUACCAGCACAGCCCUUACAUUAUCGGUACCAUGAGCCAAGCCACUUCAUCUGCCCCCAACCUGCAGCUCCACCACAACUUCAGGUGGGUGCUGUGUGUCAACCACAUGGAGCCAGUGAAAGGUUUCCUUGGCCGCUACCUGAGAAGGAAGCUGAUUGAGAUGGAAAUCAGCAGCCGAACGCGCAGCAUGGAGCUGGUGAAGAUCAUCGACUGGGUCCCGCGGGUCUGGCACCACCUCAACCGCUUCCUGGAAACACACAGCUCCUCUGAUGUCACCAUUGGACCUCGUCUUUUCCUGUCAUGUCCCAUGGAUGUGGAAGGAUCCAGGGUUUGGUUCACUGAUCUCUGGAAUUACUCCAUCAUCCCCUACAUGCUGGAGGCAGUGCGUGAGGGACUGCAGCUGUACGGCCGCAGAGCUGCAUGGGAGGACCCAGCUGCCUGGGUGAUUGACACCUACCCGUGGUCAGCAACUCCCCCUCCAGGUGACUGGCCCCCACUGCUACAGCUCCGCCCAGAGGACGUGGGGUUCGAUGGCUACUCUGCCCCGAGAGAAGGAAUCAGGAAAGAGCCGCCACAGAGCGACAGCGAUGCGGAUCCACUGAUGAACAUGCUGAUGCGUCUCAAGGAGGCAGCGACAUCAUCGAGCCCACAGAGCUACGACAGCGACUCCAACAGCAACAGCCACCAGGACGACAUCCUGGACUCAUCGCUGGAGUCGACCUUGUGAUGCCAUCAAAACGCAACACUGGGAUCAGUUUUACUUUCUUUUUUUUUUUCUUUUUUUUUAAAUAAGAACUGUUCUCAGUGUGAGAACUUCCUGUUGAGGGUAGAAAUGUUUCAUGCCACAAAAUCCAACCACCUUAAUUUGGGUGCAGGUAACCCAAAUGUUUAAAAACGUUUUAAAAAAAAAAGUUAAAUUGUAUUUCGGUAAACAGGCAACAAAAAGGCAGCAUGAAUUUCUACUGCACUGCGCUGUUUGUCUUUUUUUUUUUCCUUCACCACUGUGGCCCGUGGCUCCUCUCUCUGGAGCCUGACAUGUAUUUCAGACAGACAGAAGAAAAGCACACAGCCUGUCCCUGUUGGCGAGGCUUCAUCAUUGCCAUCAUCACCAGCCAUCAGUGUACUUAAACACCAGCCAGGAGUCCUCCAUCCUCCACUGGGCCACAGCAUCAGUCCCAGCUCAUCAGGCUAAGAUACUCCUGGUCUUGCCAAGCUGUAGUGUACCAGAGGUGCCUGCAGAUGGCGAUACGGGCCCUCAGCUGUGGAGCGUCUGUGACCCUGCGCUUCAACGACCUCCUGAAAACAUUUAUGCUGCUGCGGGUUGGACGGAUGGAGGAACAGCCAGCCACUUUCUGCUCCUCAUCCUCUUCCAUUGCUGAAAUUGCCUGUGUGAUCUCUGGAGGAUGAAUUGAGCCAAAGUGAAUGUUAAAUCUUUUAGCAUGCCUGAUCUCACUUCAACAGACUUCUCAGAGAGAUCAAUAGUUGUACAUCCCAAACUAGCAAAGACAAAAAUCUUGAGUUGAAAAAGGGUCCAUCAAAGGACACAUGUCCAUUCAAACCAACUAAGCGAUGGGUUCCUACCAGACAUAUCUGAGUGUGUUUGUGGACAUAAAGGAUGAGAACUGAUGGCUUUCUAUGUGGUACCAGAGAAGUAAGCAAAUACUGUAGCAAAGCUCUGAAUAUACCAUGUUUUAAUCUGUGGAAAAGGAAAAUUAUGAAAUAGACAAGCUUUGUUAGCUGAAUCAAAAUACUUAUCACAAAACUUGCUAACAUUUUUUUCAUUAAAUUGCACUUUUCUGUGAGAAACAAUUACUCCAGCAAAAGCGAUGCCUUUGAAACCUAGAAGGAGAACAUAUAGGUUUACUGUAUAGGUUUUAUUGGCUAAACACACAAAUAUAAACACAGACCUACUGAGAAAAGCUUCUUUUUUUAAUCCACUACAGCAUCUGUAACAAAUGUUUGUUUUUUUUAAAAAACUGCACAGAUGAAAAUCUCUUUAACGAAAUCCCUUUAGAGUCCUGGUUCUCACUAAAAGAUUUUUAGAUGGAAAGGGCACUUACUGGGAAAUUAGCAUCCUCCAUGGCUAGAUUUGUCCUUUUGAGACAUCUAGCCGUGUCAUAACCUCACCAUGCAAUUCUGUGAGUUUAUACUUCGACCCCUUAAUGAUCUUUUGAGCUCUCCAUGCACAUUAGCCCCGAGCAGGCUGUUGUAGCACAAAACCCUUUUGGUGCUGGACUGAAUUCUAACAAACAAUGCCUUACUAUUUUCUACGUGCAUUAUAGCGGAUUCUUUAUUCGUCUAAAUGGCUGUAAACUUGACAGGGCUCUGAGUCGACUCUCUCCCUUGAGCGACUGCGGUUGUCGCGGAGUGACGCUGACCUCUCAUCGUAUUAAUCACCAAUGCCGUGGGACUGAACACACAUGAAAGAGAAGUGGUGCUUUGUGUGCAUGUGUGACCCAGUGCUGAGAAGACGGUGUAAAUACGAGCAAGAAAAAGAUUUGGAUGUGUUGUGGUGCUCCAUACUCGAACUUAACUUAUUAACAGUUGAUUGGGUGGGGGUGGGGGUUUGUUUUUUUUGUCUUUUUGUUUUUAUACCUCAUCCCCAUCCUUGAACUGUGCUUCUGCCACACUUUGUUUUUAUGUGAUUUGUGAUGAACAAAAUUGUCAUAACUACAUAUUGAACUAAUUAAGUAAAACUAGUGCAUAUGCUGCUUUGUUUAUAGUGAUAUAAUUAAUCAGAGGUUAUAAAAUUAUUCGUGGUUGAAUGAUAAUGGAUAAAAGGUUUUGCCAUAAUUUCAGUAGGUUAAAGAAUUAUUAAUAUUGUACUUUGUUUUAAGCCUCCCAGCCUGCCUCCUGGGAAGGGCGUUUGAAGACGGGGUCAUGGAGUCCAGCAUGGCUUCCACUGCUUUCCAUGUUUUUCUCACUGAUCCUAUGCAACAUUCAUUCUGAUCUCCGAAUGGAAGCCAAAAGCCGCAUGCGUGUUUGUUUUCAGCACUGCCUCAUGAUGUAUAGCAUGAACCAGAUAUGUGAAGACUUUUCAGAUUUGUGGCCAACGUUCUUUGUCCAUAAGUGUGUCUGUGUAUUUCAUAAAGCCUCUCCUGCUACUGUCCUUGUAAGCACAAAGAGACUGAUUCUGUUUGUGUGUGUGUGUAAACGCGCUGUGAAAGGCGUGGACGUUUAUCAAAGCAUUUGACCCGUCUGUCAUUUUAUUACUCACAAACUCAAUGAAUGUUUAGCCUUCUUAGCGAUGUACAUUUUUUUUUUAUAUGUAACAUAACUUGUGUAAAUAGUUGAUUAUCGCGCAGCAUUUUGAUGACUUUUUCUAGCCAAUUUGUUAAAGUACUUGAAAAGGAGUAUUUUGUGUACAGUCUCUUUACAGCAGAGCAGAUUGAUGCAGUUUCUCAUCACUGAUCUGUCCGCGGCUCCGAGAAUUAAAUCUGAUAUCACUGUACUAGUCUUAAGUUAUUGUGAU